AGUGCACUAUAAAAUGCCCACCGCAACACGGAGAUCUGAAAACGAACGCUAACUUGUCCUAGAUCCGAACGCUGACCCGCGUCUAGUCCAUGGCCGGACAGUUGGACAGACACCUGUCAUCGUCGCAUCAGCUGAAGGAGCUAUCAUGCUCCCUAUGCGCAUGCACUCACCGAGUCAACAAAUUUUCCAAGCCUUUUCGGCACAGAUCGGGAAUUAUCUAUGAUGACUCAUCCCAAAUGAUCCGGGUUGAACUGGUGCAGACUCCUGCCUACUCCUGCCUCUGAUCGAUAAACGUUCAGUGGGCGACCAAACGCUUUCUGACGGAGGUAAGCACGCUGGAUCCAUCAAAUCCAGAUCGCACAACAUCAAUAAAAUGGAUUGUCUGUACAUCUGUGUCAUAUGGACGACACUCCAUUCCAUUCACCGUCCCUCUCUCAUGCAAAU